AUCGCUGACUGUUGAGCUGAAUGACUGUAUCUCGUGCUCGCAUUUUCAACUCUAUUAAGACCAGGAAUUGUUUUAGCCCAACCCGUCCCAUCAUCUCAUCACGACCAAGGCAAAUUUUUUUGACAGUUCUGCACUUGCGACCCAAAAUGCCUACACUUCCUGUCCAACGAUUCCCUUGACAAUUCCCGAGUGGGUGGCUGCGGCUCCCCAAAUGAAGGGUCACCGCUCAUAAUCUUGCCGGAGAUACUCAAAAUAUCCCACAGGAUGUCAUGCUAUAUCUGUGGACGCGGGCAUCAUGCCCAGCGCUUACCAUUCCUUUGUCCUGUUGAUGCCCGCAACCGACUCUACGAAGGGCGCCUAGCUCAGGCGCACACUCUUAUUGAGAACGACAGGAUCCAACAACAGACCAACACCCUCAUAGAGCAGCCUCCUCCUACAGCGGCAAAGGCAUCGCGCUCAACUCCUGCGGCUCGCAAAGUUGCCAUCGAUGACUGGGCUUCGAAGCACCAGGAAGCAACAGAUCGGACGGCGGAAAUCAUCGCUCAGGCGGAUCGACUUAAAGCAGAGGUCGAGGCCGCGCGAGAAGAGAUCAGGCAGCGGAAGAAGACGUUAGCGAGGAGAAAGGCGGACCUUGCCGAGGCCACUGAUGGCAUUGAAGACAAAAGAAAAAAGCAGCUCGACAAGGUCAAAGACAAUAUCGCCGCGACCAGGGCCGACUGGGAUCUUGUCCACGAGAGCACCGCUUCGAAUCGCGCAUUUCUCUGCAUGGAAGCUGCACGUCUUUAUGGGCUCCGGCGCCUGAAAAAAGGCAGCUCUGUCAAGUAUGAACUGGGUGGCGCUGAGAUUGUCGAUUUACAUUCUCUCACUGGUGCAUCUCCUCAAGCUAUAACAAUCAGCUUUUCCCACAUUGUACACAUACUCAACCGCGCCUGUCAAUACCUGGCCAUCCGCCUCCCGGCCGAAAUAAUCCUUCCACACGCUGACUAUCCUCGGCCGGCAAUAUUAUCAAUCACCUCGUCUUAUUCUUAUAAUCACGACGACAUACCCUACCCUGGCAGCUUGGAUCAACAGUCCGAACUUAAUCCACUUCCUCAAGACGAGCCUUUUUAUCAGCGUCUCCCUCGCGCUCGGCCCCUCUUCAUAGACAAGCCUCUGCCUGUUCUGGCCAAGGAGGAUCCUGCCAUGUACUCGCUCUUCAUUGAGGGUGUUGCUCUCCUAGCGCAUGAUGUCGCAUGGGCUUGCUGUUCGCAGGGUGUGCCUGUGGGGCCCGAGGACGUACUGCACGUCGGGCGCAACCUGUACAACUUACUGAUAGGCAAUCAGCUGCUACGUGGAGUGAGCAGCAAUGAUGGUGGUAACAGCACACCUCAGAUGGGAAGGUACUCGCACGGCGCUGUCCACUCUUAUCUUGGUGGUGCUGAAGGUAGCGAUUUUGUUCGUGCCUUCAGGCUCCCUAAUCCCAUCAAGCUGGCAGACAGGCUCAAGAGCAAGCUGAGCAGCGAUGCGCCAAACCCGGACUGGGAGCUGCUGGAGGAUGAUGCUUGGACUUAGGGUUGAUGAGGCAUAUCUUAUGUUAUGUGGGAGGUGUGUCUCUGUAUAGUUUUGUGUGUCGAUAAGCGUAGUGUAUACAAUAGAGUCGGGUCCUAUGAGACGAAAUUUCAAAAAUUUAUCUAGACAAAUACGCG